CGGGAAAGCGCGGAGGAAUUACUCGCUGUCCUGGAAAAUAAAAAGGCAUAAUCCAGCGCUGUGUGUGUCUGGUGGUGUUUCGCCCACCGGAGGGCAAAAACACGAAUCUCGCUGCUUUCGUGGAUUCUGGGAAAUUCGAUUCAGGCCUGCGAUGUCGAAAACGUCACUUCUGGUCAGGGGGCGGGGCAGGAGCUCCUGCCCUUCUCGGGGAUCCUGGGAAAUAGUCCAGGAGCUGCGAAUAGUUGGAGGUAUUUCCGCUUUAGGAGGUUGCGUUUGCGGCCCAAGGUUCUCACAGGCCUUCCUAAGACUCAGCAGUUCCCCAGAAGGAGGAGGACAGAAUGUCCAAGUUCAAGGGCAUCAAUCCUUCACACCAGAUGUUCCAUCCCAAUUAGAGAGAGAAGAAAAGCUGCAAAUGAUAAAGACAGCAGCCCAGAGCUGUUGUUCCUCGGGAAAUCAGAAUCUAAAUGGCAUAGAGACUCUUCAAGAAGUUGGAUUAAGGUAUCUGCCACACGAAGAAUUUUUCUGCUCAAAAAUCUGGCUACAGGUUACAGAGGAAUUAACCAGGUGUCGAGAUUCUAUGGGAAUUAUUCAAGGAAUUGGCUCUCAAUUGGAAAAACAAAGUGGCACACUCUAUAAAGAUGAGUUCAGUAAAGACUUCAGUCAGAGUUCACAUCUUCAAGUUCAGCACAGAGACUACACUGGAGGAAAACCUUAUAAAGGGGUAGAGUGUGGGAAGGGUUUCAUAUGGGGCUCUCACCUUCAAAUGAACCAGACAGCCUCCACAGGAGAGAAGCCCUAUAAAUGUGAAAAAUGUGAAAACACCUUCCGUCGGUUUUCAAGUCUUCAAGCUCAUCAGAGAGUCCACAGUAGAGCAAAACUGAACAAUCAUGAUACGUCACAUAAAGGUUUUAGUCAGAGGUCAUAUCUUCAUCAACAUCAAAGAGUCCCCGCUGGAGAGAAUCCACACAGAUUAGAGGAGUGUAAGAGGAAUAUCAGAAAAAGCUCACAUUUUCAGGCUCCUCUAAUAGCCCACCCAUUGGAGAAACCCUAUAAAUGUGAGGAAUGUGGGCUGGGCUACAGUAAGCGCUCCUAUCUCCAUGUCCAUCAGAGAGUUCACACGGAAAAGAAACCUUAUCAAUGUGAAGAGUGUGGGAAGGGCUUCAGUUGGCAUUCACGCUUGCAGGCUCAUCAGCGAAUCCACACUGGGGAGAAACCUUACAAAUGUGAUGCGUGUGGCAGGGGCUUCAGUUAUAGCUCACACCUGAACAUCCAUUGUAGAAUCCACACAGGUGAGAAACCAUAUAAGUGUGAGGAGUGUGGGAAAGGCUUCAGUGUGGGUUCCCACCUCCAAGCCCAUCAGAUAAGCCACACAGGAGAGAAACCUUACAAAUGUGAGGAGUGUGGGAAGGGCUUCUGCCGGGCCUCAAAUCUUCUGGACCAUCAGAGAGGCCAUAGUGGUGAGAAACCCUAUCAAUGCGAUGCAUGCGGAAAGGGCUUUAGUCGAAGCUCAGAUUUUAACAUUCAUUUUAGAGUCCAUACAGGAGAGAAACCAUAUAAAUGUGAGGAGUGUGGGAAAGGUUUCAGUCAGGCCUCGAAUCUUCUGGCCCAUCAGAGAAGCCACACUGGAGAAAAACCAUACAAAUGUGGUACAUGUGGGAAGGGCUUCAGCCGGAGUUCAGAUCUUAACGUUCAUUGUCGAAUCCACACAGGAGAGAAGCCCUAUAAAUGUGAAAAAUGUGGGAAGGCCUUCAGUCAGUUCUCAAGCCUUCAAGUGCAUCAGAGAGUCCACACUGGUGAGAAACCGUAUCAGUGUGCAGAGUGUGGGAAAGGCUUCAGUGUGGGCUCACAGCUGCAGGCCCAUCAGAGGUGCCAUACUGGAGAGAAACCCUACCAGUGUGAGGAAUGUGGGAAAGGCUUCUGUCGGGCCUCAAAUUUUCUGGCUCAUCGUGGAGUCCACACAGGAGAGAAACCGUACCGAUGUGAUGUGUGUGGUAAGCGCUUCAGACAGAGAUCAUACCUUCAAGCCCACCAGAGAGUUCACACUGGAGAGAAACCAUAUAAGUGUGAGGAGUGUGGUAAGGUCUUCAGUUGGAGCUCAUACCUCCAGGCCCAUCAGAGAGUCCACACAGGGGAAAAACCAUAUAAAUGUGAAGAGUGUGGGAAAGGCUUCAGUUGGAGCUCCAGUCUUACAAUUCAUCAGCGAGUCCAUGCUGGGGAUGAGGGUGACAAGGACUUUGCCUCAUCAGAGAAUACACACAGCAGAGAAUCUAACCUGUAUAACUCAGGACUGUGCCCAUCCCUAGGCACAGGAGGAAAGAUGACCACAUUCAAGGAGGCAGUGACCUUCACAGAUGUGGCUGUGACCUUCACGGAGGAGGAGUUGGGGCUGCUGGACUCGGCCCAGAAGAAGCUGUACCAGGAUGUGAUGCUGGAGAACUUCCGGAAUCUGGUCUCAGUGGGGUGUCACCCCUUCAGACAUGAUAUAUUUCACUUAGAAAAGGAAAAAAGGCUUUGGGUGGUGAAGACAGCAACCCAAAGAGAAGGCAAGUCAGAAGAAAAGAUCCAAAGUGAGAUGGAGACUAUUUCAGAAGUAGGACCACAUGAAGAGCUUUCCUGCUGGCAGAUCUGGCAACACAUUGCAAGUGACUUAACCAGGUGGCAAGACUCCAGGAUAAACCGUUCUGAAUUCCGCCAACAACGUGACUCACCUAGCCAGAAUGGGGCAGGACUAUCUGUAAUUCACACAGGCCAGACACCUUCUCAGUGUAAUGAAUGCACAAAAUCUUUUGGUGAUCUCUCCAACUUUGAUCUUCAUCAACAAAUUCACUCCGGAGAGAAGUCUCAUACAUGUUGUGAGUGUGGAAAAAGCUUCUGUUACAGCUCAGCGCUUCGCAUUCAUCAGAGAGUUCACUCGGGAGAGAAACGCUAUAAGUGUGAUGAGUGUGGCAAGGAAUUCAGCCAGAGUUCACAGCUGCAAAUUCAUCAGAAAGUCCACACUGUAGAGAAGCCGUUCAGAUGUGAGCAGUGUGGGAAAGGCUUCAGUCGUAGAUCAACACUUACUGUUCAUUGUAAAUUACACACGGGAGAGAAACCUUACAAUUGUGACAAAUGUGGAAGGGCUUUCAUUCAUGCUUCACAUCUUCAGGAACAUCAGAGAAUCCACACUGGGGAGAAACCGUUCAAAUGUGAUAUAUGUGGUAAGAACUUCCGCCGCAGAUCAGCACUUAACAGUCAUUGUAUGGUCCACACCGGAGAGAAACCAUACAAAUGUGAGGAGUGUGGGAAGUGUUUCACUUGUAGCUCAAAUCUGCAUAUCCACCAGAGGGUCCACACAGGAGAGAAACCUUAUAAAUGUGAGGAGUGCGGUAAAUGCUUCGUUCAGCCUUCACAAUUUCAGGCCCAUCGAAGAAUUCACACCGGAGAGAAACCAUAUGUAUGUAAAGUGUGUGGUAAGGGCUUCAUUUACAGUUCAAGUUUUCAAGCCCAUCAGGGAGUCCACACAGGAGAGAAACCAUACAGAUGCGAUGAGUGUGGGAAGACCUUCAGGAUGAAAAUCCAUUAUCAAGUUCAUCUGGUCGUCCACACAGGAGAAAAACCCUAUAAAUGUGAGGUAUGUGGGAAAGGCUUUCGUCAGAGUUCAUAUCUUAAAAUCCAUCAGAAGGCCCACAGCAUAGAGAAACCCUACAAGUGCGAGGAGUGUGGGCAGGGCUUCAAUCAGAGUUCACGACUUCAGAUCCACCAGCUGAUCCAUACUGGUGAGAAACCAUAUAAAUGCGAAGAGUGUGGGAAGGGAUUCAGUCGUAGAGCAGAUCUUAAAAUUCACUGCAGAAUCCACACUGGAGAGAAACCAUACAAUUGUGAGGAGUGUGGAAAAGUCUUUAGUCAGGCCUCUCAUCUUCUGACCCAUCAGAGAGUCCACAGUGGAGAAAAGCCAUUCAAAUGUGAAAAGUGUGGCAAGAGCUUCAGUCGGAGUUCACACCUUCAAGCCCACCAAAAAGUCCACACUGGAGAGAAGCCAUACAAAUGUGGGGAGUGUGGGAAGGGCUUCAAGUGGAGCCUGAACCUCGACAUGCAUCAGAGGGUCCACACAGGAGAGAAACCAUAUAAGUGUGGGGAGUGUGGGAAGCACUUCAGUCAGGCCUCAAGUCUUCAGCUUCAUCAAAGUGUCCACACUGGAGAGAAGCCCUACAGAUGUGACGUGUGUGGUAAAGUCUUCAGUCGGUCUUCACAGCUUCAGUAUCACAGGCGAGUCCACACAGGGGAGAAACCUUACAAGUGUGAGAUGUGUGGUAAGAGCUUCAGUUGGCGCUCCAAUCUUGUAAGUCAUCACAAAAUUCAUACUGGGAUAUAUGAAAGUGAUGAGAGUGUUAAGAACAUCAGGGAAUUGUCAAAGGAAAGAAGUUGCACAAAAUGAUUGUGUCAAAAAACUCAUGUGCAACCCUGAAUUCUUGCAAGCGUCAGGUCUCAUAGGAGAGAAGGUAUUGCUUGUCGAAGCAGUAGCUGAACAUAUCCCAGUGUUCACCAGACCACACAGCAGAAACCUCCUCUGACUGGUGCAGUAAGGAUUGCAUUCAGAACUUUGACAUUCGUCAGAUACCACUUAGGGAGAUAGCACUUAGAGAGGAAGAGUUUGGUCUUGCCUUAAUGAAAGUGUAAGGAUGGGCUUGUCAAAACUGAUGUCCAGGAGAAUGUGAGCUCCAUGAGGGCAGGGACUUGGAUGCUGAAUCUACACAACCUUAACAUCGACUCUUGUUUGUAGGUGUGGUCAGCUCAUGUAUGUUAAAUAAACCAAAAGGGGGAAAUGUACACUAUAUGAAAAUUGUUUCAGGGGAGGAAACCUACCAAGUAAAUUUAAUUCAGAAAGUGAUCAUUUGUUGAAGUAUAGAAAACCACUUGAUAUUGUAAUCUGCAGUAUUAAUAUGAUAUGAGCCUAUUGCAGCUGGCUCCUUGCCUCCCACAGCCUCUGUUCUCAAGUAGGGUUAUUUUCUGAGGCCCUGUCUAGUUUUCCAAGGAUUGUGUCUAAUAUAAAAUUGAACUGUUUUGUGAUUUUCUUUCCUGACAGUACAAACUGAAAAUGUUACUAACUUUGCAACAAUAGGUAACUGCAUACUUUACAAUUGAUUUUUUUGUGAGUCACUCAAUGUUAAGGUGGGAUUUACUGUAACAUUUUGAAAAUGUCACAAAAAUGGUCACUAGAAAAAAUUUUGUUAGUCGACCUUGAACUUACUGAUUUCUAAUUCCCUGCAUUUUUAUCCAGACUUUGAAAUGUUUGUUUACUAAGAACUGUAGCAUUUCUUCUGUCAAAACUUCUCAGGUAGAGGCUAUGCCAUAUUCUUCACACACAUCCAUUCCUACCCAGGAAACUUGUAGGAAUUUGAUAAAAUUAUUAAAUGUAUUAUUGAGGCAAGAUUGACAUUUAUGUCCUUUGACCUACUGGUUAGCAGUAAAGCAUGGUUUUGGGAAAGGAGUACUUAUCAGUAUAUAGGUUAUAUAUCUCUUUGAUCUCAAAUUCAUAUAAUUGAAUGCUUUUGACUAUGAGGUUAAGAUACGAAAAAGAUAAGCAUCACAUCAAUGAUGUCACUGAAUUUUUUAAAUGGAAAUAAGUGUACAGCUGUAGGAAUUUGAGUUUUGCUAUAUUUGUAUAUUAAUCUGAAGCCAUUAAAAUUAUGGCAAAUAUAAUGGCAAGAGAUACACAAUAUGGGCUUUGAGAGGUCACAGAUUGUAACCUUCAGAUUAUAAUCGAAUCUGUGUGUGUGUGCAUGUAUGUGUGUGCAUGUAUGUGUAUUCAUGCACACAUACAUCUGUAUGUAGACAUGCAUAAGAUCGUGUGUAAAGGGAUACUCUUCCAUAGUGGUUUUCCUUAGUUAGGAGCAUUUUGUGGUAUUUUUUUCAUUUUAUAAUUUCAUGUUAUGGUUUUUUUCAUUGACUAGUACUACCAAAGCAAGAAAUUACAACAGAAUUUGAAAAAAUUACUACUAUAUAUCCCUUGUAGUUAACACCUCAUAAUAUGAUUGUUCUCUAUUGUCAUAAGGCAUAUAAAGAUCAAAAAUUACAAUAGGAUCCCAGAAGCCAAUUUCAAAAUUAAAAAAAAAAAUCUGAUUGUUUUGCAUACACAGAUAAAUUGAUGUUUCAACCAUU